CCGACAAACGCCAGUUUGACUAUAGCAACAUAUUAAUGUCGGCUUUAGCGUAGGAAAUAAAUGAUGAAGCAAUCUGUACGACUAUAGCCAAACUGUAGGUAUAUAUAGCGGUAUAUCCAUUGGAUGUCUUUAGUGUUAAUAGUCUUCAACUCACAAGAAGAUCACAACCAUGGCUUCGGCUUGCCUUCUGAUUGUCCUCGGGGUGCUGGUGUGGGGCGACCCGUGUAUGGGAAGGGCGGUGACGGUGCUGACGCCGGUCGGUAAGAUCGCGGGGGCUUCAGAGCAGCUCGUUGUUAACGGUCGACCUUUCGGAAUAUCGCGUUUCCUUAGUAUUCCUUAUGCCGAGACGACCGGCGGCCAGAAUCGCUUCAGGAAACCCAUUCAAAAAGCACCAUUUACGGACAUUUUCAACGCAACUCAAUUGCCUAUGGGCUGUUACCCAGGACACCAGGUGAGCACAACUGCUUACGGCAUGUUUUUGAACUUUACUGAGGACUGCCUCAUACUUAACGUUUAUGUACCGCACAUGUUUGAACGUAACGCCUCGUUACCGGUGAUGGUCUGGAUACACGGCGGCGCGUUCGUGGAGGGUGCCGCCGCCAUCUACCCGGGUGAAGGCAUAGCAACGUUAGGUAACGUCAUUUUGGUCACCAUUAACUACCGACUCGGAAUGUUCGGCUUUAUCCGCAGCGCCAGUGGCGACCUGCCGGGCAACCAGGGAUUGUGGGACCAACAUCUCGCCAUUAAGUGGGUCCAUAACAACAUCGCCGCUUUCACAGGAAACCCAGAUGAUGUAACGAUAAUCGGAGAAUCGGCGGGUGCAGCUUCCGUUAUUUUCCAAACGCUUUAUGCAGGAAAUAGAGGCUUGUUCCGGCGGGUCAUUGCCCAGAGCGGAUCACCACUCGCCUACUGGACAAUUCACAACGGACCUAAUGCAGACGCCCUCAUGAAGAAGAAGAGUUGUGGUGGGUCACCGGAUCCCGCUAGCUGCCUGCGCGCUCUUGCGCCGGAAGUGCUUCAGGACGAAGACACAUCACCGUGGCUACCCAUAGUGGACAAUGACUUCCUAGUUGCUGAUCCGAAAGAUAUAGUGUUUGGAAACGACCCGAGUACAGCAGCCGCAAGAAACUUAUUUUCUUCUGUAGACUUUCUUACAGGGAUUAAUGAUUUCGAUGGAGCGAUACAAAUCACAAGUAUUUGGCCAUCUAUUCUUGGUUACACGAACAUAGACAACUUUACUCUGACGCAGGAGAAGUUCUCAAAGGUUGUUGUUCCGAUAACUGUUAGUGCUGCACAGCCGUCUGUGAAUAACGAGACGGCUGAUGUUUUGGGUCGGCUAAUGGACUUUAUGUACACGGACUGGAGCCGCCCCGAUGACAGUGACGCCGUGCGUAAUGCCCUUGUCGAUCUGUCAAAUGACGUGCCAUUCUUCGCGCCGGCGAUGUCCACUGUGGAAGGCCAUGCAUCCCUUGGCGGCGCCCGGACCUUCCUAUACCAGUUCAGUGUUGCUCCAACCACACACACCCUAGAAACACCUUCAUGGAUAACAGGCCCGAACCAUGCGGACGAAAUACAGUACGUGUUCGGCUACCCCCUCUAUAGUGCUACUCCAACGUCCAUCAUGAACACCGGCCACUACACGGACCAAGAGCGCCUGGUUGCCGACGCUCUCGUCACCAUGUGGACAAACUUUGCCAAAACCGGGGAUCCCAACAAGCCGAUGAACGUGCCCUGGUACACCAACACCACGUGGCCGGAGUAUGACAUCAAGUCACGAGCCUACAUGCAGCUGAGCGGAGACGGGGCGACGGCGGGCAGCCGGUUUGCGGCACGUCGGAUGGAGUUUUGGCAGCACUUGUUUCCUGCUGUAGCGAACACGUACGAUUGUCACCCGCAUGCACAAGGGCCUAAUGUCCCUAUAUUGGUAGGAAAAUAAUCUAGCGGAAUUGUGUAUCGACGGAUUGGGGCGACGACUUUACCCGAAACAUUCUUCUCUCAUUAUUUUGUAUUAUAAAGUCACUGCAAAUGAAUCUUCGCUUGGUAACUGCGUAAAGGAAAUUUUUGAGGACAUUGAUAUUUCACUCCAAUGACAGAGAAACAUUAAUCAUAUCACAUCUGUGUGUUUAUCAAACCUUAUCAGAAAUCUUAAAGUGGCGCUCUUAUUCAAAAUCAAUACAUAUACAUGUAAAAUAAACAAAUGUUGAGUGAUACAGCCUCAACUACUUACUAAAUAAUGCAUUUAUGGAAAAAUAUUAAUUACUAUAAACAAUAUUAUAACUGUUUAUUCAAUAGCUCAAAGCGUAAUAAACAUUAAAUGACUGGUGAAUGUUCAAAGAUUUACUGCGAUUUAUUAUGGUCUCAUAAGGUAGAAAUACCGUGUUUUCUGCACAUUUCUUUUAAAUUAAACUCGGUAUCCUUCAUAAGAACCAUUGUAUUCGACAUUUGUUCAUCCUUUUUUGUAUAAUAAAACAAUUGUAUUAAAUGUGUUAAAUCUUAUUUGGGAGUAAUAGUGCAUCUUUAACAAAGCGACUUUCAACUAAUUUAAUAACAUCUUGACAGUACAGUUCAUUCUUAAAAUUCAUAUUUGGCUUUGGCAAGUGACGUUCAAACGAUUAUGAAAUAUUGGGCGUAACUCAAUUAAAACUCAAAUUCAGUGCAAUCAAUUAUAUUUUAUAAAUUAAAAAUGCUCAUCACAAAGCAAUACAAAAUUGGCACAAAACCCUGAACGAUGUUUCUGAAAUACUAUCGCCCGAACAAAAUGACCCGAAUAAAGGUCAAUAAGUCACCUUCAAAAUACACAAAAUCAUAAUCAAAUAAAACAAGUACAUCUUAAACACUUGCUGCUAUUUUGUAAGGAAUAGAGUGGGUCAUAAUCUUUUCUGUGGACAUACCAGAGCCGGAUUUGAAAAUGAACAACGGCGACUCUAACAACGGUUUUCACAUUCACGAUGUUUUAAAAUAUCGGCCUACAUAUAUUGAUUAGUUUGAGUUAGUGCUAUAUUUAUUAAUAAUUCAAAACAAUAAAAACACUCAUUCUCAAAGCCUGUUUAAUGGAUAAAUAGAGCAAUGUAUAUUACCAAGAACUAUUUCAAUAAGCAGUGUAUGAAUAAAAAAACACUAAUACAUGUUGUGCUGUAAGAAAUAGUAUAUAUAACAAGUGUUCAUUACUUGUUUAUAAUAAAAAUAAAUAAACAUA